AUGGUGAACGAUAAAUCAAUAACAUCUGUUCAAACCAAUACAGAAGCUAAUGCGACACACAUAUCAAACUUUCCCAAGGAUGCAGUUGCAAAUCGGCGUAUGAACAUGCGAAGAAUGCAAAAUGUCCUCCUGAUUUGGUUAGACAACAAUAUUAAUGAUAAUAAUACUGAUUGCAGUAAUACAAUCAAACAAUUAAAACGUGUAGUUAACAACAUAAACACGUUUACAGAUGGUGAAGAAUGUAUUGAAUUUAUUCAAACAAUUACCAACAACAAAAUAUGUAUGAUUGUUUCUGGUUCAGUUGGACAAGAUAUUGUGCGACAUGUGCAUAAAAUGUCUCAAGUAGAUACCAUAUUUAUUUUUUGCAACAAUCAAGAAUGGCAUAAACAAUGGCCUAAAAUAAAAGGAGUCUUCACAGAUAUAACAUCAAUCUGUGAGACUCUCAAGCAAGCUGCCCAACAAUGUGAACAAAAUGCCACAUCAAUCAGCUUUGUAGCAUCAAACAAAAAGUUGGAUCAAUUAGAUCCAACCUUUAUGUAUACUCAGAUAUUGAAAGAGAUCCUAUUAACGAUUAACUUCGAAGAUAAAGAUUUCGAAGAAUUUAUCACUUACUGUCGUGAUGUAUAUGGUGACGAUGAAAAUGAAUUAAAAAAUGUUAAUCAAUUACAAGCAACAUACAAAAAUAAGACACCCAUUUGGUGGUAUACAUGGGAUGCAUUUUUAAGUCGUAUGCUCAAUCAAGCAUUAAGAUUAAUGGAUGUUGAUAUUAUUGUUCGAAUGGGCUUCUUUAUUAAUGAUCUACAUCGUGAUAUACAACGGCUACAUUCAGAACAAUUCGAUAGCCAUCAAUUAGGUAAAACAUUUACAGUUUAUCGUGGACAAUGUCUUUCAAAAGAAGAUUUCACCGAAAUGACAAAAACUAAAGGUGGACUUCUUUCAUUUAAUAACUUUUUAUCAACUAGUAAAAAUCGUAAUACUGCUCUUGAAUUUCUACAACAAGUUGCUACAAAUGCUGAUCUUGUUGGAAUUCUAUUUGUUAUGUCAAUUAAACCUACUGAUUCAACAACUCCAUUUGCUUCAGUUACAGAUGUUAGUUAUCUUCACAGAGAAGAUGAUGUUCUCUUCUCUACGCAUACCAUUUUUCGUAUUGGAGAUAUUAAACCAAUUGAUGAAAAUAAUGAUCUUUAUCAAGUGAAUUUAAUAUUGACCAAUGACAACGAUCAAGAUCUUCGUACUCUCACUGAUCGUAUCCAGCAAGAGACCUUUCCAGAUGUCGAAGGGUGGGACAGAUUAGGUGAAUUGUUAAUUAAAAUGGGUCAGUUUGACAAAGCUCAAGAAGUUUAUGAAAUUUUGCUUCAUCAAGCAACAAAUGAAAGUGACAAGGGAAAUAUUUAUCAUCAACUAGGUCGAAUCAAACGUAAUCACGGAGAACAUCAAGAAGCACUUACAUAUUAUGAAAAAUCGCUUGCUAUCUAUCAGAAAACACUUCCUUCCAAUCAUCUUAAUUUAGCUCAUUCCUAUAACAACAUCGGUAUGGUGUACGACAGCAUGGGUGAUUACCCAAAAGCACUGUCAUCUCAGGAAAAAGCUCUUGACAUUCGACAACAAUCACUUCCUUCCAAUCAUCCUGAUUUGGGUGCUUCCUAUAACAACAUCGGGUUAGUGUACGAUAGCAUGGGUGAUUAUCCAAAAGCACUGUCUUAUCAUGAAAAAGCCCUUGCAAUUCGACAACAAUUACUUCCUGCCAAUCAUCCUAGUUUAGGUGCCUCCUAUAACAACCUCGGUUUGGUAUAUUACAACAUGGGUGAUUAUCCAAAAGCACUUUCAUAUUAUGAAAAAUCGCUUGCUAUGUAUCAGAAAACAUUUCCUUCCAAUCAUCUUAAUUUGGCUCAUUCCUAUAACAACAUCGGUAUUAUCUAUAGAAACAUGGGUGAUUAUCCAAAAGCACUUUCGUAUUAUGAGAAAGAUCUUGCAAUUGGGCAACAAUCACUUCCUUCUAAUCAUCCUGAUUUGGGUGCUUCCUAUAACAACAUCGGUCAGGUAUAUCACGACAUGGGUGAUUAUUUAAAAGCACUUUCGUAUUAUGAGAAAGAUCUUGCAAUUGGGCAACAAUCACUUCCUUCUAAUCAUCCUAAUUUGGGUACUUCAUAUAACAACAUCGGUGUUGUGUAUUACAACAUGGGUGAUUAUCCAAAAGCACUUUCAUAUUAUGAGAAAGAUCUUGCAAUUGGGCAACAAUCACUUCCUUCCAAUCAUCCUGAUUUGAGUGCUUCCCAUAACAACAUCGGUCAAGUAUAUGAAGAUAUGGGCAACUAUUCAAAAGCUCAUUCAUUUUAUGAACGUGCUGUACAAAUUGGACAACAAUCAUUACCGACAAAUCAUCCUAAUCUUCGAAUAUAUAGAGAAGGCCUCGAACGCAUAAAAAAAAAACUAUAA